AUGAACUCUUCACUUCCCAUUCUUGCUGUGAUCGUUUUGUUUCUUCUUUCGACGACGACCCAGUUUGGUUUCUCUGUGUCCUCUGAAUCUCCCAUGGACAACUUUAUCACCUGGGAUGAUCUCAACGUGAAGAAGAACUGGGACAGGUUGAAUUUGAACGAUAGAUUUAACAGUAGUCGAGUCAUCGUGGUAUCCAAGGAUGGGACUGGUGAUUCGCUUACUGUUCAGGGCGCUGUGGAUUUGGUUCCGCUUCACAAUACACUGAGAGUCAAAAUUCUGAUACUUCCAGGGAUUUAUAGAUUUCCACUUUGUGAUGAUUUUGAACACUUACAUCCUUGCAGAGAAAAGGUGAUUGUUCCAGCAAGCAAGCCUUACGUUUCAUUCAUUGGUACUGAAGCGAACCGAACUGUGAUUUCUUGGAAUACUAAAGCUUCAGAUAAAGAUAACAAUGGACAGGAAAUUGGAACCUACAAUACAGCUACUGUCAGCAUAGAGUCAGAUUACUUUUGUGCAACAAAGAUCACUUUUGAAAAUACAGAAGUUGCAGUGCCCGGGGGAGUAGGAAUGCAAGCGGUUGCAUUGAGAUUAUCUGGAGACAAAUCUUUUUUAUACAAAACUAGGAUGUUGGGAUCACAAGACACUCUGUUGGAUGAUACAGGAACCCACUACUUCUACAAAUGUUACAUUCAAGGGUCUAUUGAUUUUAUAUUUGGUAAUGCAAGAUCGCUUUAUGAGGAGUGUACUCUUUAUUCAACCGCUAGAGGACCUGGAGCAAUUGCAGCAUCUCAUAGGGAGUCAGCAAUGGAGAAUACUGGCUUCUCUUUCGUACAAUGUAAAGUGAAGGGGAGUGGGAAUAUUUACUUGGGUAGAGCGUGGGGUAGAUAUGCAAGAACUUUGUAUUAUCACUGUGAUAUGGAGGGUAUUAUAACUCCUAUAGGAUGGCAUGAUUGGGGAGACCCCUCACGAAGAUGGACUGUAUCAUUCGGGGAAUACCAGUGCAGGGGUAAGGGAGCCAAUUUGGGGAGGCGUGCACCAUGGUCCAAGUCAUUCACCUACGAAGAAGCAAAGCCAUUCCUGGAUAAGACAUACAUAGAAGGAGAUCAAUGGUUCAGACUUUAAUUCUCGCCUCUCUCUCUCUCUCUCUCUCUGUAGUGUACAUUCUCCAACUACACAACCCUAUACAACAAUUCUUUGAUAGUGAAUUAUUUUUUUUAGUCUUUCAGCAGAGUCAGAGUGUAAAUAUGUUCCUUUCCUCUUAUUAGGUGCUUUUCUUUCUUUUUGAUGGAUGAAUGGAUCCAAUCCAUGUGGGAUAUAUGUUAUGGUCAAUGCUUAUGAUGGGUUUUUAGUUAUCUGUAAUAUUCAGCAUGGUAUGGAUUCCAACAAUACUGCCAGUUGUCAUGAUAAUGAUAUUGACAAUGAAA